CCGUGGCGACCAUCGUCACGACGCCGAGAUCGCCAAAGAGAGAAUCAAGAAGGAGGAAGAAGAGAAACGAAUGAAGGAAAAGGAAGAAGAAGACAAGAAGAUUCAACGAGUCAAAGGUAGAGAGGAACUCCAGAAAAUGAUUGGUAAGACCAUAGAUACAAGAUUGGGGGGGACUGGAGUCAACGGUGUGCCUGCCAAGAAGAGCGAAGCCAACAAACUUGACAAACUGCGCGCAAAGGUUGCCGAGUUAGAACGAGUGAACACGUCUUCAGUCGAAACCGGGAUGAGUGAAAUCGAGAAGCGUCGUGCCGAGAUUGUUGAGCUGAAGCAAGCGCAAGUGUUUUCUCGACCUGCCGGCCAUAUUGCCGAAGCUGCUGGUCGAGCUCAGGCUGAGAAGGAGGAGGCUUGGAAAAACAUACAAGAGUCGUACGAGAAAAGGAUGACAAUAUCGGAGGAGCAGAUAGUUACCUUGAGAAGGUUGAAGGAUGAUGCAGUAAGUGAGGCAGACGCAUGGAAGUUAGAAGCACAAAGGUCCGGCAACAAGAGGGGCGACAUCAAUAUUGGAGUGACACCGACAACUCAGGCUAGGGUACGAUCGAGAAAUACUCCUGUACAAACCACGACUCCGAGGAAGAAGAUGGCGCUAGAAGAUUACCAAGCGUUUGCUCAACAGCAUGAAGAGGAGGUUGACCUUUUGUGGGAUAUGCGUGCCAAAGAGGUGGAGCGAAGAAAGGAAGCAGAGCUGGAAGCCGAGCAGUUGAAAGAAAAGCUCGAUAGACUGGAGAUUGAGAGGGCAGAGAAGACAAAGACGGCUGAAACAUGUUUGCAAGCUCGCCUGGAAGCUGUCAUUAACGACGCAACUGGCCCUUCAUCUAUGGGCAAGAAGAACGCUACAACGACGAAGAACGAUGAUGCGAUGAAGAUCGAUAAGUUGAAGAACGACAAGGAGGCAUUUGUUAAGUCCAAUCGUCUCGACUUGAGAUCUAUGAAGAAAGAUGCAGUGCAAGCUAUCUGCGAGAAAGAGGGAGUUUAGUACAUAACACUGGAAAAAACAAAGGAGGAGAUUGUGAAAACGAGACUAGCAAGGGCAUUUGGUACCAGCACCGAAG